CGCAUACCAAUCAACCUCCCUCAGACAUCUGCCAGUUGCCGUCCAGUUUAUUACCCUUGUCAGAAAAAAAAAAGUCUACAUACAUCCUGCCAACCUCAACAGCAUCUGACCCAGGCACGGUCGCCGCUAGAUAUCUCUGGCAGACCCCGUCCUCCCAGGCUGAGAGAGGAGUGCGAGCGACUGGAGAGUGUGCGUGCGUGGUGGUGGAAGCUACAUGGUUGCAGUCAUUUCGCCCUUUCUAUCCGAUAGCUCCUAGCUCUAUCUCCAUCUGCAUCUCGGUUUCGGGUGGCCCUAUUGUCUAUCUCUUAGUUCCUAGCUCUCUUUCCCCAUCCAUUUUACAACGCGCCGCGCCAGAGCCCUGCCUGGAUUCAACCUUGCUGGACCCUCGACGUGCAUAACUCUGCACUUUCGACGGCCUCGACUCGACGGGCUGUCCAGCGGCCAGCCUGACCGGACAAAACAUAUCUUGAUGGCCACUAUGACGAUCCUGACUUCAUAAGCCCCUCUUUAUCACAGCGGUAGAUGCGAAUAGACUAGGGGCUUGUCUUUUUGCUCGCCCAUCUCCCCGCCCCACCGGCGCCUUGUUUCCAUGGACCCAACACUGAUAUCAUGCUUCGACGCAUAGCCUCAGCCUCCUUGGGCUUUGAUGCCCCUGACGCCCCUCCUGGCGACCCCAUGCCUCCAUCCGCCGAUGACCAGGCUCCGCCGUCAGAGCACAAGAGCGCCGGAGGCCUGGCCAGCGUCUUCAAGGGCCUGACUGGGGGCUCCAAGCUUUCCAAGGUCCCGCCUGUGCCCUCUUCGUCCACCGAUACCGUUUCUGCCCAUUUAUCUUCCGAGCGAGUCGAUACUGUUUCGCUAGCUGCCACCGGCCUGCCUCCCCACCACGGCGAGGCGCUGGAGAAGCUCAAGAAUGGCUCUCUCAGCGAACGUAUCGCGGCCGCCGAGUCCCUGCGACUGUCCGUUGCCGACUACCCCCUGGCCCCGGUACUACAGAUAUGGGAUGCUGGCAAAGACUUGAUAGAGCCAUCGAAACCCGGCCACGCGAGGAUAGCCGGUUGGGAGCUCCUGACCGAGUGCGUCCGCAACCCCUCUUCGACCGAUCUCGAGCGAAAAGAAUACUUCCAGACACUGUCUUUCCACGCCAACCCCGACGACUUCUAUCUUCAGCUGGCCGCCCUGGUCGACCUGACCAACCAUGGCCGCAAUCUCUCCGGCUUCGAUUACGACGUCAUCCCAUUGUUGACAACGUGGCUGCAGGACUCUUACAAUGCCGUUAGGGUGGCACGGAGGCAGCAGGCAGUGCGCGAGAGAAAGGGCGCCAAGGGGAAAGGCGUUGCGCCAGCAGUUGCUGCUUUGGGCGAGGACAAGAGUUUCUCCAUGUUGUUCGCGUUUAUCCUCGAGGUCCUCAAAUUCAACUUCAGGGUCGCCGAUGACGAAACUCUGGGACGCUUGAUCGACAAACUUCUCGAGAUCUGCAUGAAGACGAGCACGGAAGACGAUUUGACAUCUUGCAUUGAGGUGAUUGAUGCCAUCAUAACGUAUGCCUCGGUUCCCAAGCGGAGCUUGAGUCGUUGCGUGGAAGUCCUCAGCUCCAUCUUCUGCCUCGUCGACAAGCUGUCCAAGACCUCCUGGCACACACUGUCCAACCUGCUGAAGUCGCACAAUGGCCAGGCGGCUGUCCGGAUCUUGCUCAACAUUCUCAGAGAAUAUCUCCGAAACGGGCAGGAGACGUCAGAGACGAGUAGGGCAGUCAGGGGCUCUCUGACCGUUCUCCAGAAGUUGAUCUGGAAGUCUUCGGAGAAAGGUUACCCGUCGAUCCCACUGGCCAUACUCAUUGACGGAUGCAGCAAUGUUGUCGAGAAGUCACCCUCCACACGGAUAGCCGGCUCUGUAUUGAAGCUGAUCAACACUCUGUUCGACGACGGAGAACAAAGACUGAAUCCGCUCCUCGAAGGUGAGGACUGGACAUCUGUCCUGGAAGUUGCUGAAAAGUGUGCCGGUCGGGUCAAUUUCGGCCUCACCCCAAACAGCUCCAGAACGAGUCUUGCAAGCAGCCUCACUGUACAGGACUUGAAGAAAGGAGGCCCCAUACUGGAGGAGCUCGAGACCCUCUUGCGGAGACUGGAAGGGCUUUCCAGACAGCGAGGUUCAGACUUCAUACAGAGGCACGAGUGUAUAUCAUUCAUGGCGAGGAUCCCUCACGUCCUCCCGGAUUCCACAGCAGAGCUCGUCUUGGAACAUUUCAAAGAGUUCCGAUGCUGUUAUCCGUCUGAUCUGGACUGGGAGCAGAACCUCAACUUGGUUCUGGAGUGGUUCUACCUAAAGCGCGAUCGCUCCACGGCAAUCCGUAUCGCAGCUCUCCAGGGGAUCACCGAGGUCUACGACAUGCUGGAGUUGGUUGAGGAUGAACUUGACGAGGAUACAGUGCCCGACAUUGUCAAGAGCAUCCUCUCAGGCAUUUCUGACGAGGCAAAUACCGUUGUUCUUCAAGAGACGGUCUCGUUCAUGAUUUCUGUCGCAAUGGCCGCCGACUUAUCUCUCUUCGAAUACAUCGUAGAGACACUCAAAGGAGUCGUCACGAGCGAUCGCAUAAACUCGCCGGUGGUAUUUGUGGAAGAGAAACCUCCAACAACGGACCAGGUUGCAAGCGCUGCCGACCAGAGCCCAGCUAAUGUGGUUACGCGAGGUUAUGUUCUACUGUUUAUGAAGACCAUGAACACGGAUAGCCAAAAAGCAACAAGGACCUUUCAACUCCUCGUAUACAUUGCAAAGUUCGGUCAGUCGACCGAUGCUCGGAUUACGGCCAUGAAGAUGCUAUUUCGACUGAGAGCGGACUGGGCAAAUCGUAUAUACCUGACAUGCUUCACUGAAUCGGAAAGUCUUGCUGGUGUUCUCCACAGGACGGAAGCCUCACUAGCAAGAAAGGUCGCAGAGGACGCAGCCACAUCGCACAGGUUGAGGAGCGAUCAUGGAAGCUUAUCGCGGUCGUCACGAGGAGUUUCGUUUGGCUCUACAGCUCAAGAUAGGAUGGUCCCAAGUCGGUCAGCUAGUGGUACCAAGCCAAAUGGCCAAAAGUACCAGCAGCUUUGGUCUCUACCGGAUUCUACUGUGCUACCAGAAAUACCUUCUCCCAUAGCCAGCCCUGUUCUCUUUUCAUACAUGGAGAAGACGACAGAGUCCGGCGUUGAAGGCGAGGAAGAAAUGCAAACAGCGGCACAGGAAUCUUGUGCGAUCGAUGUUGCCUCAUGGCUAGAGGCCAUCAUCCAUAAUCUGACUCACGGGAGUGAUUGGGAAGUUUACAGCUUCAACCUGGUUCACCUUCCGUCUCAGCUGAGCAACCACGCGUUCUUCAGAGGCGCCAUCCCGCAAAUACGCGAGGCGCGUCGAGUGUUGUGCGAGCAGAGCAAGCACAACCUAUUUCAGGAUCCACCGCCUCUGACCGGGCUGCGCCGGCCCGAAGUCAACAUCUGCAUCUUCCAAAUUCUCACGACUAUUAUGAGUUACCACCAGUACUUUCAGAAAAGCGACGAAGACGAUCUUGUCAGAACGUUUAUGCAGGGCAUUGGGCACUCUACAGCCAAGACCUGUAUCCAUGCGCUGACCAUCUGCUGCCACGAGCUCCCGCUUGCUACUUCCAAAGCUCUCGUGACGAUCCUGCAGAAGAUGUCAACGGUUAUCACGCAGGCCAAUGUGGCCAUGCACAUUUUGGAGUUUCUGGCUGGGCUCGCACGUAUGCCAGCACUCUACAGCAACUUCAUUGAAGAUGAGUUUCGCGUCGUUUUUGGUAUGUGUUUCAGGUAUCUCGACACUGUACGCGACAAGAAGCGGUAUGUGCGAACGAGCACCGCAAGUGACAAUGCGCCUGCUACCAUCAACACGACUCACGAGUACGACAUCCUAGGGCAGCCCACCAACAACGAGGAGCUGCCGCAGUAUGUGCACGCACUUGCGUAUCAUGUCAUCGUCUUCUGGUUCCUAGCCCUGCGCCUGGGUGAUCGAGCGAAACAUGUAGGGUGGAUAGCGAAAAGGCUGUUUCAGGGCCCAGAUGGCAAUCCGGUCUCCGACGAGCAGGCGCUCACAACCAUGGACUUUGUUCAGAGAGUUGCAUAUGCAGAAGCAGACGAGUCAGCGGAAAACCCCCGGUUCUCUGACAGGAAAGCCUCAGAGUACACUGAGAGACGGUGGAUCAUCGCCAACAGUCUUGUGUCCAUCAAACAGUCGAAGGCGACCCCGUGGGCACAGGUCACUAAGAGGCAGCCGACAGGCACGUCUUUCUUCACUGUCCGCGAGAACUUCAAACCUCCACCUCCCCAUCAAGCGAAUACGUUCGGGGACAGCAGAGAUACGGGCCCACUAACCACGAAUAGCACUAUCCCUAGCCAUCUGCUUGUUCAUCUUCUCUCGUCCACGCCGCAAAGUCAUGAACCGGCACUGCGCCCACUCCCCCUUCCAGAUGAAGAGGCUAUUGGCCGAAGCGUCAGAACCUUUGACCGUCUCUCCACUGUGGAUGGCCACAAGGUGGGCGUGAUCUACAUAGGAGAGAACCAAACCAAGGAGACUGAGAUUCUCUCCAACGUGUCAGGCAGUGCAGACUACAUGGAGUUCUUGAACGGAAUCGGGUCGCUCACCAAGUUGAAGGGCGCAGAUUUCAAUACUCAAGGCCUCGACCGCGAAUACGACACGGACGGCCAAUACACGUUCUGUUGGCGCGACAGAGUGACAGAGAUCAUCUUCCAUGUCACGACGCAGAUGCCUACAAAUUUGGACCAUGACCCUCAAUGCAUCAGCAAGAAGAGGCACAUAGGCAACGACUUCGUGAAUAUCAUAUUCAACGACUCUGGCCUGCCCUUCAAGUUCGACACGUUCCCGUCCGAGUUCAACUAUGUCAACAUUGUCAUCACACCGGAGUCAAGGGCAUCAUUUGUCGCUACUCGCGAGCACAGCGCCCAGAAGCAAGAGGAUGGAGACAAUGCAGAGGCACUCAACACGGGAGGCUACACGCCUUUCUUUAAGGUCCAAGUCAUGAGCAAGGAAGGGUUCCCUGAAAUCUCGCCUUGUGCCGCAACCAAGAUGGUCAGCCUGAAGGCACUUCCAGAUUUUGUCCGCCUGCUCGCCCUCAAUGCGUCGGUGUUUUCUGUCGUCUGGGCCCACCGCGAUCAGGGUGAUUAUCCAUCCGCCUGGCGCAGUCGUCUGAGGGAGAUAAGUCGCUUGCGUGAGCGGUAUGGACCCAAACUUGCGCCCUCAGCUGCAACAUCGCCGUCGACUCUCACGAGUCCUCAGGCAUCGGCUGUCAGCACGCCGGCACCAAUGUCGCUCAGUAGUGCGCUUGCCUCUGCACAACAGCAGCAGCAGCUGGGACAGGCAAAUACUGACAGCCGGCCCUCAAGCGGCGUCGCCAGAGACAGCAUGUCUGGACUGAGCAUGCGUGACCUACGCCGGGCCAGUGUGGCGACGUUCCUGACGAGCACUAGCGAGCAGAACUCGCAGUCGCAUCGCAGCUCGGUCAUGAGCAACUCGACGGCAGACACGGAGAUGAUGAUGCAGGCUUUCAACCUGGACUCAUUGGUCGAGAGUCUGGACUUUUCGAAGUGGGCUUAAGGUCUGCCUCGAGUUCGUGGAUUUUAUCUAUCAAGGACAGCAGCGUCUGACCUGUCUACGGAAAGGGGCAAUGAGAAAAGAGACAAUCGGUGCGUAUGGUUGGGACGGAAUAACGGAGAUGAAUCUUGAUGAUCAUGACGGAGGGCAUGACGAAGGGCACUUUCGGCCGUGAUGGAACGGCCGUCGCAGAAAUUGGAAGGCAGGAGUCUCGGGAAUUGUGAGGGAAUUGUUUUUGAUCACUAUACCACAAAAGUUGUUGCUUUCCUUUUCACUUCUCAAGUAUCAUUUUCCCCCAACGGCCACCAUACCACUUCUACAAUAUCCUCGUGUAUGGUUCUUUGACAGGGCGAGUGGUGGAAGAGCAUGUAUGAGAUGUAACCAGCCCGGAAUGGCAGAGCGAGCGAGCAGUCAGUCAGUUCGUCGCGCCAUGACGGGAGAAGGUGAAAAGACGGGCCAAUGUGAAUCACUUCGCUCCGACCCAAACGGCUAUUCCUCCUUGCUCGUGCCAAAAGUAUUCUUGUCUGUGUGUGAUACAGACCCAAGCGUACGUGCCCAUUAUCGCACAACAAACACGUGUCGGAUGCGGACGAUUGUAAGCUGUGGUGGUGGUGCGGAGGGAUCCCACUGAACACCCCGGACAAUGACACGACUUACACCCACACUCACUCACCCCAAGGGAACGGAUUGGUCUAGCCCACCACCGUAUUGAUUCCUUUGCGGUCACACUAAACUGACGAUCUUGAAUGGUGUUGUACAAAAAG